CCAAGAUGUCCACACACGACGCACGGUCGCGUCGAUUUCGUGGACCAACGACGGUGCUGUGGUGCUCGGUGACCCUAAUACUGGCGAUCCUUCUUCCCGUGCGUAGUGCAACCAACAGUGGCACAGUUUCCUGUGGUAUCCGGAAGGCGCAGAAUGGAACGAUCUAUCCGGGUGUGGCGAUCGAACCGGGCGAGUGGCCCUGGCAUACGCUCAUCUACUAUUGGUCCGGUUCGCGGCUCGAUCCACCGUCCCGGAUCUGCGAAGGUGCACUGCUCAGUGAUCGGUUCGUGUUGGCCGCUGCCCACUGUCUCAGUGUAGUCCGUGGUGCCCGACCGGGGACCGUUGGACACGGUGAACUGCUGCCUGCCCAUCAACUCGUCGUACACGUCGGUGCCGUGUCGGUCCAGCAGGAUAACGAACACUCGCACCGGUUCCAGGUGCGCAACGUAACGGUCGAGGAUGAGUCGGAUCUGGCGUUGAUCGAACUGCUCGUUGUACCACCGGAACCGAAGCUUAUCGAUGAGCUGGCGCUGGAGUGGGGCGAUGGUAGUGGGAUCCCUUCGGAGGAGCUACUUCCGACGGACAAUCGGUGGAAAUCGAUGCCGGUCUGUCUGGUGAAUGCACUCGAUCUGACCACCCUGUACGGUGCCGAGAUGUACAUUCUUAAUCAAAGCCAACGGAACCGCCUCGGAGGGUACGAACCGGUACGGUUAGUGUUGGAUGAGUUUUUGCUCUGCUCCGGCUCGACACUCGCCAUGAAAGCGCGUUCCAUCAACAGCACUACGAUCUCGUUCACCAUCAAAGAUCUCAACCUUCCGAGCAAUGACCGUGGUACGGCACUCUACUUCAAGCACCGGGGCACCUGGGCGUUGCUCGGGUUUACCGUGUCCCGGGCGAACCACCAGUGGACACCCGGUUCCGUCUGUCUGCCGACCGACAUCAUUACCUUCGACAUCCUCUAUCCGGCCCUCCACUGGGUAAUGGACGCGCUGGACUAUGGGGACAGUGCCAACAGUUAGCCCCACGAAGACACCGUCGACGUCCUCUCCCUUUCCGCGUUCCAUUGUUCCGUGUCCGCGUCCAUUGGAAAACAAUAAAAAAAGCACCUCGUCCACCAUUACCACCACCUCGCUCUAGCAAGAUGCCAGCACGACGGGCGAGUGUCGGUAUGUU